UCCCAACAUGUUUUUUAGCACUUUAUAUAUGCACAUAAGCAGCCCCCAUUCCUAUCUAUCUACAAGUAAAUCUUCUCUCUCAUUUUCCCCUUGGUAACCCGCAAAUUAGUGUUGAUAUUUCUCUCUAUCUCAUCCUUAAUUUGUUUAUCUCCAUCAUGGCUAGCCAAGAAGAGGGCAUCAAGCUCUUUGGAGCAACAAUUACGUUGCAUGAUAAACAAGAAGGUAAUAAAGAAGAUCCAAACAAGGAAAAUCCAACCACUGACAAGAGACCAGAGAAGGUCAUACCUUGCCCUAGAUGUAAGAGCAUGGAGACCAAGUUUUGUUACUUCAACAACUACAAUGUUAACCAGCCAAGAUAUUUCUGUAAGGGCUGCCAGAGGUACUGGACGGCAGGUGGGGCCCUACGAAAUGUUCCUGUGGGUGCCGGCCGCCGGAAAACUAAGCCACCUGGCCGGGUUGGUCUUGACGGUUACUCGGAGGGGUGCUUGUAUGAUGGCUCUGGUGGGGUUCACCGAUUUGAGCUAGAUGGGAUGGUUUUGGAGGAGUGGCACUUGGCAACGACCCAUGGCAGUUCCCGUCAUGUUUUCCCCGUGAAGCGGCGGAGGAGCGGUGGCUCAGGUGGUCACACUUGUUGAUAGUCUUUAUCUUUACCAUCAUGCGUGUAUUAUAUAUACAAAACCGGUUUUGAUCAUAUAACCUUCUAAAUUUCUAAUGGUAGUUCUAUGUAUGUGCAUAUUAACCUCAUAA